AUGACAUCGUAUCUAGCACCUGAAAGUCCACGACCUUUUUCUAUUGUUGCUGAACGUUAUUUUCAAAAAAUUAAUUUUCGAAUUGGUUUACCAAUAUUAAAUAAUGAACGAACAUUAAGAAUUAGCAAAUGUCAAUUUGGUGAACAAUAUGAAAGAGAAUUUUGUUUCUAUUUAGCUAAACAUGCUGAAGUUAAUUGUAGUGAUCGUUUAUGUAUAGUCGGAGGAGAAUCUGAAUGGGCAUUAAUUAUACAAGAACGACUUUUUCUUAUUAAACCGGUACAUUUUAUUGAUUGUAAAUUACAUCAAGAUACAAUCAAAGAACAAUUAACAGCAAAUACAUUUGAUCGAAUAAUUCUUCUUAAUUGUCUUCAUCAAAUAAACAAUUCAUUAACAAAUGAAGAUAUUAAAAGUGAAAGUCAAAAUACAAAUUUUACUUUUAGUAGUCCAUUAGUGUCAUAUAUAAAUAUAUUACGUAAAUCAUUAGCAACAAAUGGUAAAUUAAUUAUUAUUCAUCGUGAACCAAAUAUAAAUACAUUACCAUUACCAAUUGAAGUAAUAACAAAUUGGUAUAAUGCUGAUACACAUAGUGCACGUCUUAUUGAACAAUUACACCGUGAAAGAAAAAAAAAUCUUGAACUUGUAUGGGAAGUUGAAACAAUUAAAUUUAGUAUACAAAAAUUAAACUGGUUUAAUUUACUUAUUCAUCGAACUUUUUAUCCAUUAACAUUAAGUAGUCAAAAACAGAUUGCUGAUGGUUUAAGACAAUUAAAUGAAACAUAUUUUAAAUAUCAUCAAGGUUUAUUAGAAAUGAAUGAUAGAUUAUUAUUUUUAACGGUUCAAAAUGCAACUGAACCGCUACCAUCAAGAAUUCAUCUUCCAAAAUUAAUUCAAUCAUCUACAAAUGAAAUGAAUUCAAUGAAUUCUUUCAAUGCAAAUCAAACAAUAGAACGACUAAGACGUAAACCAAUUCCAUUACAAACAGGACCACAUGAAAUAUGGAAUUAUAAAAUGUUAGUAACCGAUGAAGUUAAAGAAUUAUUAAAUUUAAAUGAACAUAGACAAGAUAAAAAACGAAAUCUUUUUAAAUCAUCUAUUGAUUUUAUGUAG